GGAGACCUAUAACAUAACAAUGGCUCAUUUACAGCGGGAUGAACGGAAUUUUACAGGGUCUCUUCCGGAUUUGAAAGCUUCGCUAAAAGCCACCGAGCAUCAGACAAAAGUUGUCGAUCAAAACAUAGCCACAGUCGAAGGCCACUUCCCCAAGAUCGUUAGCUCGCUUCAACGCUACGCAUACGGUACGGCGAAGCUUAGAGACAAGGGCGAUGAACUCUACAAGAGUAUUGCAGCAUAUGCAGAGAACGAAGCCCCAUCGAUGAAAGAAGGUUUGCAUGUUUUAGCGGAGUGUUUGGCCGCGGUACAAGACUAUAGAGACGCCGAAGUACACAGAAUCGAGGAAAAUAUGGUACAGAAGUUGAGUAUUUAUGAUACUAAAUGCAAGCAGGCAAGAAACGACGUUAAAAAUAGCUCGAGUCUUUGCUCUAAGGAAGUGAAGUCGUUUAAUUCACUGGAAAAGAUCCAAACGAAAUCAAGCGACCGAAGUCGUAUCGCACGAGCACAAGCCGAGUUCCAAAAAGCGUCUGGCGAAGCAAAUCGAUCACUCCGAGUUCUUCGCGAACAAAUGAACGAAUUCGAGAUGCAGAAAAUGAAAGAUAUAAAGACUAUUUUUACCGAUUUUAUUCGUUGUGAAAUGGAAGUUAGUGCAAGAUCGUUGGAGCUAUAUACGCGCGCGUUUCGCAGCAUUAACGGUAUAAGCGUAGACGAGGAUAUAAAUAGCUUCAACCAAUCAUUGCUAGUAAAACCUCCGACUUGGGGCUCGGCUCCGGCGCUAUCGUCAGUAGGUCGCUAUCCAAGCACACCAAACAUGGAGAAUGUACUCGAAGAAGAAGACCCUGAUCUAAACCGGACAAUGUAACAAAGAAAGCCUCGCAACUUUUUACGCAAACCUUAACUCAUGUUGUUUUAGCUAUUUAAACGGUGAUUCCAUGCUAUAAAAGAGUACAUUUUUAAUAGCGUAAUAUCGUAAAAAAACGGUGUAUAUCCCCCCGUAGUUUGUUGAGCUACGAAGCCAUUAGCUGAGUAUACGUGUCUAAAACGGUAUUGUCUUGGCUCCAAGGGUUGCUAACUUAACACGACGGAAGCAGCUAGCCUCUUUAUACACAAAAGGGUUCUAGAACAAAACAAAAACAUUGAUUUUUCAAUUGGUGCUGCUUCAUAUAUAGUUACAGUUUUACAAGCCUAUGAUGAAAUAAUAUUUUAAAAAGUAGAGUAUAAGUCUAAAGAGAAACAAUUAAAAGAUGAUUAAUUAUUAACAGUAAAAUAUUUUGAUAAUUUAUAAAGGGAUUAAAAAGUGAUAUGUAGGGUUGACAUAACUAAUUCUACACUCUGUUACUCGGUAAACUAGGGGAGCUUAUAAUAAUUAACAUUAACAAGUGGUUAUGCAAAUAAGACGAGUAAUAUAUGUUCUUUAUGUCCUUUUUUAGUCCGAAAACUUAUCAAGAUUUAUCAGGUGCAUAUUUCUAAACGUGGAAAACAAAAUAAAACAUAGUUUUAUUCAAAACAAAUAAACUAACCUUUUCUGUGUGUGUAUUUUGCAUAAGAUGAAAAUAAAUUAAACUGUUUCAAAA